UAAAAAAAUUAUUAUGGGAAAACUUCACGGAACUUUGGCCAAAGCUGGUAAAGUCAGAAAACAAACACCAAAAGUUGAAAAAUAAGUCAGAAGACACAAAAUUCCAAAGGGUAGAGCUUAUAAAAGAAUUUGCUUUAACAGAAGGUUUUUGAAAUAAAUAAUAAUACAUUAGAUUUGGAACAGCUGUUGCUGGAACAGGACCUUAAUAAAAGAGAAAAGGACCAAAUUGGCAUGCAGGAAGAAAGGAAUUAAUUGAAGAAGAAAGAAAGAAAUAAGUUGAAUAAAGAAGAUAAAGAAAGAAGGAUGCACCCAAAUGAUUAAUACAAUACAGUAAAUUAUUCAAACAAAUAAGAUUAUUUGAACAGCAAAC